ACAACCUUGGUGAUAGAAGGGAGGAACUCGUUCGGGUUUUGUGAGGUCAUGAUUGCACACACUUGUGGAAGUGAAAUAUGGCAGGACGAGAAUCUCGGAGCAGUGUUUGUGAGAAGAUGUGCCCUCAGCAGAGAGCUCGUCAUGAAGCCUACAGCGAGCCAUCUAAAGAAGCUCAGAGCUGGAUGGCAGUGGCGAGACAGCGCGUGUGCACGCACCAGAAUAAUCAAAAACCUCGCCAAGUCUGCAAACUCACCGCUGCUGCUGAGCGUCAAAAUCAACUCACAGCACAAUUAAAAGCCGCCGAGGCAAGGAGUCGUAUUAGACAGCUGAGACAACGCUAUCAAAACCUGAAGGAGCAGGAAAUUAACUUAAUGAUUUCAUGCCAGUCUACCGCGCAGAGGGCUGUCCGCCUGGAGCAGCUACUCCUUGUGAGAGAGAGGAAGAUAAACCACACAGACUGCUUGGACCAAUUACAGAGAAGAAGAAUUGAGGAGAUCCUAGAGGAUGAGAAGGGCCUGUCCAUUAGUCGUAAAUGACUAAAGAUGAAAAGGAACAUAUUUUCUGAAUGAUCUGAGACUGAAAAUGCUGAGUAUUGUGGCCUUGUAUGCCAAUUUUUUAUGCCUAUGUUUGCAUUAUAAAUUUCAAGAUAUAUUACCUUACCACAGACCAGAGAAGCAGUUAUGUUUAGGGAUUCUAGCUGGUUUUGAUUUCCAAAUAUAUAUAUUUUGUCUGUAUACUGAAAGAUGGGCUAUAUUAAAAUUCUAUGCUAUUUUGUAAAUAAAUAAAGAAUAAAACAUUAAAUUGUAACAACAAUGAGUUUUACAGAAUAAUUAACUCAAAUGAUAUAUAGGGAAUUUGAAUAAUUAAUCAGGAAUAUGAUUAAUUUAUAUCUCAGAUGACAGUUACAUUAAAUUUGAUUGAUUAUGAAAAAUAGCUCAAUUGCCUAUACCAAUAAAUAAUCACAGGGCACUGUAACUUACUCAUUAAUAUGUCAAUAUUCCAUUCUUCAUACCAAUUAUUGUGAUAUCUCUUACUGUAAAUUACUGCAAAUCAAACAGUGGUAUGUCCAGCAAACCACUGUUGACCUAUCAAUUUUCAAUAAAGUUAUCACGCCUUAUAAUUCAAGGAAAAGUAUUCUCUGGCCAUGAAAAUAUUAUCCUAUCCUUAUGAUAAAUUUAGUUUCUAAAUUUAGAGCUUGUAGCUAUAGAUCAGACAUCUCAGUGACUCGUAAUGUGAGUGGGGUGGAGUCCAAGCCAAUCGUCAGUAUAUGGGUUUUUAAUAAUUAAACUAGUAAUACAUCAAACUACAAAUCACACAGAGUAAAUAUGCGUACGACAAUACAAACAGUAAGCUUUACAAGACAUAACUGAAUCCAAAUAAAAGAGAGAGAGAGAGAGAGAGAGAGAGAGAGAAAAUAGAAUGAGAUCACAUAAGGAGCUCGGGUAUGGAAAUCAUAGUCAGUAACUUUUGGAAGCCAACAACGAUCAGAUCACAGCAAUAAUUUAAAGCAGCAUUUAAAUCUCCAUAGAGAAAGUGAUACUUGCAAAGUGUCCAAUGUGCAUGAGCUGGACAUCGGGGCGCACUGGAUCUUUUGAAACCGGCGUGCGCGUGCUGGAGACCGGCGCACGCUGGAGCACGUGGUCUUUUGUUCUGUCCUCGCGCGGUAUUUGAAAGGUUCAACAAACAAUGUUCCAGAAUUCGUCUUCCUUGCGUGGAGAGGCGAAUAGUUGAAUAAACUUAGUAGAGAAAAGAAAAGAAACAACAAAAACGAAAGCUUCCAAAGGAGCCAUUAAAAUGGCUUUUUCUCUCAGCCCCUGUGCUGAGGGGGUUUGCGCUAUGAGCGCGGCCUAAGGCCGCGUGGAAG